AUGGAUGCAGAGGUCUGCGCCCAGCGGUUCCUCCAAUGCCACUACAGGUUCCACGGGAUGCUGCGGUCCAUCGUCAGCGAUCGCGGAAGCAACUGGCUGAGCAGGUUCUGGAAGAGGUUUUGCAAGCCGGCACGGAUAACGCAGCGAUUGAGCACGGCGUACCACCCGCAGACUGAUGGAGGACCCGAGAGGACGAACCAGGAGAUACAGGCGUACUUGCGAGCGUACGUAUGCUAUCUCCAAGGAGACUGGGGAGACUUCCUCCCUGCUGCGCAGCUUGCUCUCAACAAUCGCGAGCCGGCGACGACUAGGAUCAGCCCCUUCUUCGCGGAACACGGUUACCACGUGGAACCGCUGAGCGUCGACGAACCGGCAGAGCCGCCUAAGGACCGGGUGGAAGGCAAGGCAGACAGCCUACUCAGCCGUCUCCGUGAAGUCACGGAGUAUAUGCAGGCGAUGAUGGCCGCCGCACAGCAGCAGCAGGAAGAAGCCGCAAACUCGAAGAGGCAACCCGCCGAGCGUCUUGAAGUCGGCGACAAGGUGUGGCUGUCGAUGGCCAACUAUCGGUCGCCUCGACCGUGUAAGAAACUCGACUGGCUGCAUCACAAGUACACAGUCACAAGGGUCAUCAGCUCCCACGUCGUGGAGCUGGAUGUGCCCGGUUCGAUACAUCCACGAUUCCAUGUCGACCUGCUACGGCGCGCCCGAGACGAUCCAGUUCCAGGCCAAGUUGUGGAUGACGCGCAGCCACCGCCGAUACAGGACGAGACUGGUGUGGAGAAAUGGGACGUCGAAGAGAUUCUGUGCGCCCGCUGGAAGAAACGAGGACGCGGGGUAUUCCGGCAGGUUCUCGUGCAAUGGUGUGGCUAUGCGGACCCAACGUGGGAGCCAUUGGAAGCCUUGGAGGGUACAGAAGCGAUGAAUACGUUCGAGUCCAUGCAUGGGCCUGCUAGAGAUAAUGAUGGUCCUUUGGAGAAGUACGAAGUUGCCGAACGACGCCGGCGACGGCAGCCUGUUCGGCGGGGGGGACCCGGAGGAGGGGAGUAA